GAGCCCAGACGACGUUCCGCUGCCUCCGAACCCUGCGGAGCAGCUGUGCGAGGCCGGAGCCGGUGUGGCCGCGGCACGCUGGGACCCGCGGAAACACUCUUUGCUCAUCGUGAUCGGUGAUAUCGGUACUGAGAGUCAGCUGAGGGCCGUGCGGGCCCACCUUGAACAAGGGAUUCUCUCCUGGAACAUUGACUUAUCAUCCUUUGACCUGAACCAACAGUUGAGACUCUUCAUCACCCGGCACCUAGCUCACUUCUCUUCAGAGGUCAAAGGCCAAAGGACCCUCUGCCACCAGAGUGAGACCCUUGAAACCGUCAUCCUGGUAAACCCCAGCGCAGACAGCAUCAGCUCCGAGGUUCACCAUCUCCUUCGUAGCCCAUCUGCUCACAAACUUCUGAUCUUGAGUGGGCAAAGUGUAGAGCCGGGGGGCGACCUCAUCCUCCAGAGUGGCACCUACUCCUACCAAAACUUUGCCCAGGUCCUUCACAACCCAGAGAUUGCCCAAUUGCUCAGCAAUAGAGAUCCCGCGAUCCAGGCCUUCCUCACCGUGUCCUGCUUAGGGGAGGGUGAUUGGCACCAUCUGGGACUAUCCAGUACCCAAGAGACCCUGCACCUCCAGCUAAACCCUGAGCCCACGCUGCCCACCAUGGAUGGUGUGGCUGAGUUCUCCGAGUACGUCUCCGAGACCGUAGAUGUGCCAUCCCCCUUUGACCUGCUAGAGCCCCCCACCUCAGGGGGCUUCCUCAAGCUCUCCAAACCUUGCUGCUACAUCUUUCCCGGUGGCCGGGGGGACUCUGCCCUCUUUGCUGUCAAUGGUUUCAACAUCCUGGUGGAUGGUGGCUCCGAUCGCAAGUCCUGUUUCUGGAAGCUGGUGCGGCACCUGGACCGCAUUGACUCCGUGCUGCUCACACACAUCGGGGCGGACAACCUGCCAGGCAUCAAUGGGCUCCUGCAGCGCAAAGUGGCGGAGCUCGAGGAGGAACAGUCUCAGGGCUCCAGCAGCUACAGCGACUGGGUGAAGAACCUCAUCUCUCCCGAGCUCGGAGUGGUCUUCUUCAACGUGCCCGAUAAACUGCGGCUACCAGAUGCUUCCCGGAAGGCCAAGCGUAGCAUCGAAGAGGCCUGUCUGGCCCUGCAGCACCUAAAUCGCCUGGGCAUUCAGGCCGAGCCUCUGUACCGGGUGGUCAGCAACACCAUCGAGCCCCUGACUCUCUUCCACAAAAUGGGUGUCGGCCGGCUGGACAUGUACGUCCUCAACCCUGUGAAGGACAGCAAGGAGAUGCAGUUCCUCAUGCAGAAGUGGGCAGGCAACAGCAAGGCCAAAACAGGCAUUGUGCUGGCCAAUGGGAAGGAGGCUGAGAUCUCGGUGCCCUACCUGACUUCGAUCACUGCUCUGGUGGUCUGGCUGCCAGCCAACCCCACUGAGAAGAUUGUGCGUGUGCUUUUCCCAGGGAACGCACCUCAAAACAAGAUCUUAGAGGGCCUAGAAAAACUGCGGCACCUGGACUUCCUGCGUUACCCUGUAGUCACCCAGAAGGACCUGGCUGCUGGGGCCGUGCCGGCCAGCCUCAAGCCCAGCAAAAUUAAGCAGCGGGCCGACAGCAAGGAGAGCCUCAAAGCCACUACGAAGACAGCCGUGAGCAAGCUGGCAAAACGGGAGGAGGUGGCCGAAGAGGGAGCCAAGGAGGCCCGAUCAGAGCUGGCCAAGGAGUUAGCGAAGACAGAGAAAAAGACGAAAGAGUCCAUUGACAAGCCCCCCGAGAAGCCUGCCAAGCCAGAGAGGGUGAGGACAGAGUCCAGCGAGGCCCUGAAGGCAGAGAAGCGAAAGCUGAUCAAGGACAAAGUGGGAAAGAAGCACCUGAAAGAAAAGAUCUCAAAGCUGGAAGAGAAGAAGGACAAGGAGAAGAAAGAGAUCAAGAAGGAGAGGAAGGAGUUCAAGAAGGACGAAGGCAGGAAGGAGGAGAAGAAGGAUGCUAAGAAGGAGGAGAAGAGGAAGGACACCAAAGCUGAAGCCAAGAAGCUCUCCAAGCCAGACCUGAAACCCUUCACCCCCGAGGUACGGAAGACCUUGUACAAAGCCAAGGCCCCUGGAAGAGUCAAGACGGAUAAGAACCGAACGGCCCGUGCAGAGAAGGAGCUUUCUUCCUCAGAGCCACGGGCACCCACAGCCCCAAAGGGUUCUGUCCCGCUGCCGCCAGUCACUGGGCAGAGGGAGCUAGCCUUAUCAUCCCCAGAGGACCUCACGCAGGACUUUGAGGACAUGAAGCAUCAGGAGAGGGGGCUGCUGGCUGAACAGAGGGACACAGGACCAGGAGAGAAGGCACUCCUUCCAAGUACCGACGACGAGGGACCCCCAAGCUCAGCCACCCAAAGGGCACUGCCCUCAGUCUCAGGCCCAGAACAGGAAGAGCCCGUGCUGGAGAACGAGGUGGUCCCAAAUGUCCCUGGGGAACAAGGCGGCAAGGACCGAGGUCCAGACGCUGGGGCUGAGCUGGAAGAAAAGAACCAUGCCUGGGAGGAAAAGCAGCAGAGGGAAGCAGAGGGGCUCCUAGCGGAGGCCAGGGAGGAAAGUGAGCCCGAGGUCAAGGAGGAUGUGAUAGAGAAGGCGGAGUUAGAAGAGAUGGAGGAGGUGCACCCUUCCGAUGGGGAGGAAGAGGAGGAGACACAGGCUGAGAGUUUCUACCAGAAGCAUAUGCAGGCAGCCUUGAAGGUAACUUCAAGGGGCAGAGAGCCUCUUGGAGGCCGGGAACUGGGAGUCCCCGGUAAGGUCCCUGAGAAGGAGGCCUCGUCCUUCCUGAGCAGCCUGGCCACGCCGGCAGGAGCCACCGAGCAUGUCUCCUACAUCCAGGACGAGACCAUCCCCGGCUACUCGGAGACUGAGCAGACCAUCUCAGACGAGGAGAUCCACGAGGAGCCCGAGGAGCGCCCAGCCCCACCCCGAUUUCCCCCAAGUCUGUAUGACCUCCCAGGGCCCGAAGGUCCAGGCCCUUUUGAGGCCCGUCAGCCUGCGGACAGCGCUGCUCCAGCCGCCCCCAGCCAAGGCUAUGGAGCACCGGAGUCAGAACUCCCCUACCCUCCCAACAUGGUGGCUGCUCCACUGGCCGAAGAGGAGCACGUGUCCUCCGCCACCUCAAUCACCGAAUGUGACAAACUGUCUUCCUUCGCCACGUCCGUGGCCGAAGACCAGUCCGCUGCCUCUCUCACGGCACCGCAGACCGAGGAGACAGGCAAGAGCUCCCUGCUGCUCGACACAGUCACAAGCAUCCCUUCUUCCCGCACCGAAGCCACCCAGGGCUUAGACUACGUGCCGUCAGCUGGCACCAUCUCGCCUACCUCCUCCCUGGAAGAAGACAAGGGCUUUAAGUCACCACCUUGUGAGGACUUCUCUGUGGCCGGGGAGUCAGAGAGGAAAGGAGAAACAGGGAGAAGCUUGCCUGGAGGGAGAGUCUUGAGAGGGGCAGAGGAGCGAGCAGAUGGCAGGUUGUCUGAGACACUGCAGAGUCAAUAUGGACCCUCAACAUUGGGUGGCCCCGGGCAGGCCUUACUCCCCGGGGAAGCCUUCGGCGAGGCGGAGGAGCGCUGCCUCAGCCCGGAUGACAGCACGGUCAAGAUGGCCUCUCCUCCCCCGUCAGGCCCACCCAGCGCCACUCACACCCCCUUCCAUCAGUCUCCAGUGGAAGAAAAGUCUGAGCCCCAAGACUUUGAGGAAGCCGGCUCCUGGGCAGAUACGCGGCGAACCCCGGGAGUGGGCGAGGAAGAGGCUCCAGGGCAGACAGCCAGGCCCACACCUGAAGAGGAUGCACUCAAGGAGAAGGAGGAGGAGAAGGAGAAGGAGGAGGAGGAGUCUCCGCCCAGGAGUCCCCAGGCCCAAGAAGCAUCUAUCAGCAUCGUUGAGGGGCACACAGGCUGUACCAUCCAGCUGUUGCCAGAACAGGACAAAGCAAUCGUUUUUGAGACGGUGGAGGCAGGGGAGUCCACAGGACUCAUUCUGGGAGAAGCAUCCCCUUCCAGAGACGUGAGGAUGUCCCUCCAAGAACCCAGAGAGCCUCCAAAAGUCGAAGGGCUCCAAUUUUCCGACCGAGACCUCUCCCCCGAAGAUGCAGACUCCCUCUCUGUCCUCAGCGUGGUCUCCCCAGACACUGUCAACCAAGAGCCCAGCCCUAGGUCUGCCUGUGGCCCAACAGAGCAGCCCCUACACAAAGACCUCUGGCCAGAGAGGUCCCCAGAAGACACCCGGUCACUUUCCCUUUCUGAAGAGAGCCCCAGCAAGGAGACUUCUCUGGAUAUCUCUUCGAAGCAGAUCUCUCCAGAAAGCCUCUGCACUCUCCAGUUUGGGGAAUUAAGCCUUGGAAAGGAAGACAGGGAACCUCUAAUCCCAAGUGAGGACACCUCUCAUCAACUAGCCCCAGAGUUUGGUCAACAGCCCCAUCCAGCCACAGUGGCACUUCCUACAGAUAGGAUCCCUAGGGAUUCUUCACAGCCAGAUGACACGGAUGAGGGCCGUGGCCGGAAACCACCUGCUGGCUCCUCCUCUCGCUCUGCACUCUCAGGAGAUGAGAAGCAGUCCUCCGGAGUGACUACAAGCCCUGGCGAACACAUUCUGACACCUGAUAGCUCUCUCACCCAGAGUCUCGAGUCUCUGCCAAGUCCUAUCACCGAAGGCAUUGCUAUGGAAGGGGAAGAUAAAGUCCCAGGGUCACAAGACCAAAGAACCCCAGAGCAGGAGGACAAAGUGUGUAAACCAACAGCCGCAGCUCCACAACAGCAGGACAAAAUCCUGGAGCAGAAGGAUAUUCAUGUAGAAAAGAAGGAUCUGGCCAUCAGUCAGAAAAACGAGACUCGGGAAGAACAGGAUAAGACAUCAGACCAAAGAGACAGAGACCUAGAGCAAACCAACCAGGCUCCGGGUCAGACAGAGAAGACUCUGGAACCCAAAGACACAGACUUAAAACAAAGAGACUCGGAGCAAAAAGACGCCACCCUGAGACAGAAGGAUGAAGCUCUGGGACCAAAAGAUACAGACUUAAGACAAAAAGACGAGGUCCUAGAACCGAAGGGCAAGACGUUGGAAAAGAAAGAGGUAGACUUGGAACAAAAAGAAGACAAGGUCCUAGAACCGAAAGACAAGGUCCUGGAAGAGAAAGGCCAAAAGCCAGAGCAAAACGGCAGAGACUCUGAACAUAAAGUUAAAGCUUCAGAAGAUGAGAUCCCAGAGCCAAAGGGCCAGGCCUUUGAGCAGACAGAGGGGGCUCAGCAGCAAAAUGACCAAGACUUAAAGGAAACAUAUUGGGCCUUAGAACAGAAGGAUGAAGCCCUGGGACAAAGCAGUAAGGACACUGAACAGAAAGACAAGGCUCUGGUAGAAAAGGACGAUAUCCGGGGACAGGUGAGCCCAAUGCAGGACCAUACAGCCAGCAAACCAGAGGAAACAACCCUACCGGGGAAACUCCCAGAAAAGGUUCAGACCGUAGAACAGGAGGGCCUGAAAGAGAUCCCAGUGCAAAAGAGCCUGGCUGGAGAGCAAGAGGAGAAAUACCUGCAGAAGGAGGAGGCUGUGGUCCUGGAGUGGCGGGAAACAGCUCUGAGCAGGGGCGAGCCGGUGGGAGAACAGAAAGGGCCUGCCCAGGCAUGGGAGGCCGCAUCUCCUGAGCAGGAGGACACGUACUGGAGGGGCAGAGAGGCCGUGCGCCAGGAAGAGGACACGUAUUGGGGGGAGCUGAGCUGUGAAAGGAAAGUCUGGUUCCCUCAUGAGCUGGAUGGCCAGGGGGCCUGCCCCCGCUACCCCGAGGAGCGGGAGAGCACUUUUCUGGAUGAGGGGCCAGAUGAUGAGCAAGAGGUACCCCCGCUGGAGCACACACCCCGCAGCCCUUGGGCCUCGGACUUCAAGGGCUUCCAGGAGUCCUCGUCACAGAAGGGGCUGGAGGUGGAGCGCUGGCUUGCUGAAUCCCCAGUCGGACUGCCACCAGAAGACGACGACAAGCUGACCCACUCCCCCUUUGAGAUCAUCUCCCCGCCGUCUUCUCCACCCGAGAUGGGUGGACCCAGGGCUCCUCCAGCCCCAGGACAAGAAAGCCCAAGCCCAGAGUCUAAGCCCAUGCCACCCACGAGGAAAGAGCCCACCACUCCCUCCUGGCUGGCUGACAUCCCACCAUGGGUGCCCAAGGACACACCCUUGCCCCCUGCACCUCUCUCCCCAGCUCCAGCUCCCCCCAGCCCUGCCCCAGAGCCACUCACUCCCGCCCCCUUCUCCUGGGGCACAGCAGAGUAUGACAGUGUGGUGGCCGCUGUGCAGGAGGGGGCAGCUGAGUUGGAAGGUGGACCAUACUCUCCCCUGGGGAAGGACUACCGAAAGGCUGAAGGGGAAACGGAAGAAGAGGGUGGGGCUGGGGCUCGUGACAGCAUCCCUUGCAGCUCAAAGAUCCCAGAGGCUGUCAAGAGCCAUGCCACCAAGGAGCCUGAGCCGACUGAGCAGGAGCAGAGGGAGCCCACGCCCUACCCUGAUGAGAGAAGCUUUCAGUACACAGAUAUCUACGAGCAAAUGAUGCUGACCGGGCUUGGCCCGGCGUGUCCCACUAGGGAGCCUCCGCUCGGAGCAGCCGGGGAUUGGCCCCCACACAUGUCAACCAAGGAGGAGGCUGCUGGCCGAAACACAUCUGCCGAGAAGGAGCUUUCUUCUCCGGUCUCGCCUAAGAGCCUCCAAGCUGAUGCUCCAGCCUUCAGCUAUGCAGCCCUGGCUGGACCCCCUGUGCCCCCCAGACAGGAGCUUGAACCAGGGUCGAGUGUGGAGCCCAGUCCCACACCGCCUGCAGUGCCCCCCCGCGCUCCUGUCAGCCCCUCUUUUCGAGAUGACAUCCUGAGCUGCUACCCAGAUGGGAGGCCCCUGCCCGCCAAGGACACAGCCCGGAGUCCCUGGGAUGACAGCACUAGUGACUCUGAGCUGGAGAAGGGGGCUCGGGAGCAGCCAGAGAAAGAGGCCCAGUCUCCAAGUCCCCCCCAUCCUAUCCCUGCAGGGCCCUCCACUUUGUGGUCUACCAGUCCUUCCUCAGGCUCACCCCCAGGUCCUGCCCGGCCUUGCCUGGACUUCCCUGCCUCAGCCUUUGGCUUCUCCUCCUUACAGCCAGCUCCCCCACAGCUGCCCUCUCCAGCAGAACCCCGCUCUGCCCCCUGUGGCUCCCUUGCCUUCUCGGGGGACCGAGCUCUGGCUCUGGCUCCAGGGCCCCCCACCAGAGCCCGACAUGAUGAAUACCUAGAAGUAAGCAAGGCCCCCAGCCUGGACUCCUCACUGCCCCAGCUGCCCUCACCCAGCUCUCCUGGGGCCCCCCUCCUCUCCAGCCUGCCCCGCACCGCCUCACCAGCCCUGUCUGAAGGCUCGUCCUCUGAGGCCACCACGCCUGUGAUGUCCAGUGUGGCCGAGCGCUUCCCUCCAGGCUCUGGUCCACAGGCAAUGGAGCAGGGGUCUGAAGAGCUAGUGUCAGGUACAGAGCCUGCUGCUCCCAGUCUCUGGAACCUCACUCCUCUGAGCCCAGCAGCCCCAGCUACACUGGACUCGGCCCCAGCUCCAGCUCCACGCCUGCCUGGAGACAUGGCUGAUGGCACCUCACCCUGCCACCUGGAGUGCCCGGCGGGAGACACCAGGAGGCCAAGCCCCUUCCAGGGUCCCUCUGGGGAUUGUGCAGCCAAUGGCCCAAGUGGAACCAGCGCCAAACCUUCAGGGCCUGGCCUGGCCGGGACCGAGAAGGAGGCGGCUGGGGCUUGCCCUGCUUGGGAACGUGGGGCCUGGCCUGAAGGAGCCGAGAGGGGCAUCAGGCCCUGCACGCUGCUGUCCUCUGAGCAGCCACUGUGUCCCAGAGGGGUCCCUGAAGACCGCCUCAGCAGUGUGUCCCCUGAGCCUGAGGCUGGGCCCCAGGGAUGUGCUAUUGAGCCCCGACCCCACCGAGGAGAGCUCUCCCCAUCCUUCCUGAACCCCCCGCUGCCUCAAUCCACAGAUGACGGUGACCACUCAACUGAGGAAGCCAGGCUGGUAGGAAGAGUGGGGAGACGCCGGGCGGGGGGCCCAGGGACCACAGGGGGUCCAUGCCCUGUGGCCGAUGAGACCCCCCCAACAUCAGCCAGUGACUCAGGCUCCUCACAGUCCGAUUCUGACGUUCCUCCAGAAACAGAGGAGUGUCCAUCCAUCACAGCUGAGGCAGCCCUUGACUCAGAUGAAGACGGGGACUUCCUGCCUGUGGACAAAGCUGGGGGGGUCAGUGGAUCCCACCAUCCCCGGCCUGGCCAUGACCCACCCCCUAUACCUCAGCCAGACCCCCGCCCACCCCCUCCUCGCCCUGACGUGUGCAUGGCUGACCCCGAGGGGCUCAGCUCAGAGUCUGGGAGGGUGGAGAGGCUACGAGAGAAGGAGAAGGCUCAGGGGCGAGUGGGGCGCAAGGCCCCUGGCAGGGCCAAGCCAGCGUCCCCAGCACGGCGCCUGGAUCUACGGGGGAAACGUUCACCCACCCCUGGUAAAGGGCCUGCGGACCGAGCAUCCCGGACCCCACUCCGACCACGGAGCACCCCAAGCCAGGUGGCCCCCGGAGAGGACAAGGAUGGCCACAGUCCCAUGUCCAAAGGCCUAGUCCAUGGACUCAAGGCAGGAGCUGCAGCCUUGGGAUCCAAGGGUGGCUCUGGUGCCCCUGUGUAUGUGGAUCUCGCCUAUAUCCCGAAUCAUUGCAGUGGCAAGACUGCUGACCUUGACUUCUUCCGACGAGUUCGUGCAUCCUACUAUGUGGUCAGUGGGAAUGACCCUGCCAAUGGCGAGCCAAGCCGGGCUGUACUGGAUGCCCUGCUGGAGGGCAAAGCCCAGUGGGGGGAGAAUCUUCAGGUGACUCUGAUCCCUACUCAUGACACAGAGGUGACUCGUGAGUGGUACCAGCAGACUCAUGAGCAACAGCAACAACUCAACGUCCUGGUCCUGGCUAGCAGCAGCACGGUGGUCAUGCAGGAUGAGUCCUUCCCCGCCUGCAAGAUCGAGUUCUGAAAGAACCACACUCCCUUCCCCAAGGAUCCCUCACCCUACCCCAACUCCCUUCGAGAAUGGCUACUGCUGAGGCCUUUGGGGUUGGAGGAACUGAGAGCCGGCUGUGGUGGAGGGCGGGAGGAUGCCUUGUUGUGAACACUUGGGCUGGGCCACAUGGGAGGAAUUCUCUCUCCCCCUGGGAGGGGUCUUAGAACCAAAGGUAACAGGACUAGGAUGGGAGGAGGGCACAAAAUGAGGAUAGACAGCCAUCUGAUGCCUGAGAACACCUGGUCCCAGCACUGCCACAUGCUGGAAUUGGGUGGAGAGGGAGGAUGGGCCGCAGAAAGCAACCUCCUCCCCAGUGGAGGGUGAUCAUAUCCCCAACUCCAGGGACCUUUUAGUCUCUAUUUAUUGAGCAUCCUACGAAGGAUUUCUAGUAGUAAUUUAUGUGGCCUGGGAUAGGACACUGUCCGUGAGGUGCCCAGAGCUGCACCCCUUCCUCCAUCUCCCAGGCCCUCACCCACCAGGGGCGUGGUUCCAGCCGAAGGCUAGUGGUACACAGCUGCUACACUGUCCCACUGCUCCCUCCAUCGCUGAAUGUCUCCAUCCCAAACUUGAAACUCUUUUGACCAACAAACUGGUAGGAGGAGAAUGGAACUUACCCUCUAUCCCAGCCCUAUUUCACACCAUUCACCUCCCCAGGGGUGUGUCCAGACCAGGCCUAUGGGCAGCAGAUAGGGGCAAGGAGAGCCCAGCCCCAAUCCCAGAAUGGUUCUAAACUCCCUGACCCCUUGAAGUUGUUACCCACCCCAUUCCCAUUAUUCUGACCCCUUCUCAUCCAUCCCCUGCUUGGCUUCUCUGCAUGUGGUCAUCUGCUGUGGCCCAGUGUGUGAUGGAUUAAAAAUAAGCCACUGCCUGACAUCCCAACAUUUGACACCCCAGCAAUGUGUGACUCCCCAACAUUCCACUGUUGCCAUCCUGCAGCUGAAGUGGGAACACUGGCUGCCUCUCCCACCCCCAAACUCUUAGAAAGAGGAUCUGGGAUGUGGAGGCCAUGCCAGAGGACUUGGGAAAAAUGAGAGGGAGGAAAGAAAAGAGGAAGGUGAAGCUGAGCUAAAGCUUAGUGCCUAUAGAGUAAAAUAAAAACAGGCUGAGCACACCACCCCAUGGAAGACUUGGUCUCCAGCAAGCCAGUGAGCAGCCCUAGCCUACUGCUGCCAACCGAGAAACCCAGGCGCUGACAGUCAUCUGGGCUUGGCUUCUCUGCCAAAUUGUGUGGAUACCAAAAUGAGUCCGCCUUGUUUUCUUCCCAGCUCCCACCCUCCCCGUGCUGCUGUGCUCUGCUCCUUCCCACACUUCCCCGCAAUAUUCCCAGCUGUAACGGAGCCACCUCCAACUCUUACCAAUAAACCAAGUUCAUUGCAAA